CGAGGAGAGGACAGUCAAGGCCAAUUGUUUUUUUUUGCUCUCUCUUUCUCUCGAUCCCCUUCUCUCCCCUUCUCACCUUCUCCACUGUGUCGGUGGUGUAUCUUCACCCCAACAAACAAUCCUCAUCCCCUUACCUCCUCUUAUCUCCACUACAACAUCAUUCCUCCCUCUUCCCAUAACCUCUCAGUUCUACUAUUAGCCUCCACUGUAUCGGCUACCGCAUCGGCUGUUCUGGCCUUGGGCUAAACGACUCGACCGGUCCAUCCAUCAUCCUAACUCCGACCCAGUCCAGGCCUGUUAUCUGUUUGAUACUUUACAUUGACCCCCCCCUCUCCCAAGCUAUUGCACCACCUGCAUUACUUGAUCGAUAUAGUCCUCCCAUCGCUCGGGGCGAGCCAUUGGUAGAUGCCGGAGAAGGUGUCCGAUCAGGAGACGCAAUCUCAAGGCAAAAAGCGCAAACAAAAUUUACAAUCCCCUCGGCCGUCACAAGGCUUCUCUCAGAGAAGUAUUACCGAUUUCUUUGGGGAUAGCACCUUAGGUUUGGACGUACCUACCUCUCGCCCAAGCAGUCCAAAACGUUCCCGAAAGAACUCGGAACAGCCUGAGCUCCCAAAGGACAUGUCGACUCCUUUAAACGAGCAAGCCUGGCGUCGCAUCAGCGAGAACAGGGUUGCUGAUCUCAAUGGUCUCCCACCUCACCCUCGAGAUCCGCCAAACCCAAACACGAAUAUAGUUGCGACUAAGCCCCCGCGCCCCGCCCCGUUUCAGCCUCACGCUGGUGCACCUCGCAAAUUACAUAUAAAGAAUCUGCGCAAACCUUCGAAGAUUGACCCGGAUGUCUACUUUAAUCAGACUUGGGGCUCUCUGGAAGCUGCACUCGCAGCAAUCUUUGGGAGCCGCAAAAUAUCUGCUAGCUUGGAGGAGCUGUACAGAGGCACCGAAAAUAUAUGUAGAGCCGAUAGGGCCGGUGAGCUCUACAUUAGGCUUAAGGCUUGCUGCGCUACCUACGUUGGUGACUACCUCAAGGAUUCUAUCAUAGCUUGCAAUAGCUGGAAAGAUGAUGCUGUCAAGUGUGUUGUCAGUGCUUGGGAGAAGUGGAAUGCUCAGCUGGGGAUGAUUAGAUCCGUGUUUUUGUACCUUGACCGUUCUUACCUCCUUAACAAUGCUAAUCCGAGUCUUCAGCCUGUGGAACCCACCGGGCUAGAACUCUUUCGGCACCAUAUAAUACUGGCCCAAGAAAUAGAAACCAAAUUUAUGGAUGGAAUCAUGGCUCUGUUCGAACGCGAUCGCCAGCAAUGCUCAAUCGACGCUUCUCUGCUCACACGUGCCGUUCGCAUGGUGGAUAGUUUAGACCUCUAUGAGACGAACUUUGAGCCCCGGUUCCUGGCCAUGUCUAGAGAAUAUUACGACCGCCUUGGGAUUCUAGGGGCAACUUCUAACUCCCUUGCGGAGUACCUUGACGAAUGCUCUCAGCAAUUACACAAGGAGGCAUUAAGAUGCGAGAGGUACCGCUUGGAUCCGCCUACAAAGCGAUCUAUGGGGCUUAUACUCGAGGAGGGAUUGUUGAAAAACCAAUUACUUAUCCUCACUGAUCAGGGAAGUAUCGAGGAUCUUUUACAAAAGCAAGAUCAUAAAUCCUUGGCGACCCUUUAUAGCCUUCUUGAUCGGAUAGGGGAGCCGAGCAGCUAUCUAAGGCUGGCAUGGGAGAAACAUAUACUUACUGUGGGUAGAAGUAUAAUCGAGGACGAGAGCCGAGAAAACGAAAUGGUGCAGCGGCUUUUAGAGCUUAAGGAUAGCCUAGAUUCUUUUGUUAGGGUGCCGUUCAAGGGUGACGAUACGUUGGCUUAUGCUUUGAGGGAGUCGUUUGGAACAUUCCUCAAUGCGCGCACCAAGGAUCGAUCAGAGAUGGUGAAUUCAAAGCCGGCUGAAAUGAUUGCGAAAUAUGUCGAUGCGCUGCUAAGAGGGGGUGCCAAAGGAACCUCUACAGGGACGCCUGGUGAUGAAGAUGCUAGGUUGGCCCAUUCGCUGGAGCAGGUCCUUGACCUGUUCAGGUUCAUCCAGGGGAAAGAUGUGUUUGAAGCGUUUUACAAGAGGGAUCUUGCAAGGAGGCUAUUGAUGGAUAGAAGCGCUAGUCGAGAUGCUGAACGGAGCAUGAUAACCAAAUUAAAAACCGAGUGCGGAUCCGGAUUCACUCAAAACCUAGAGAGCAUGUUCAAAGACAUUGAAAUAUCUCGAGAGGCGAUUUCGCAUUUCAAAACGACAAGGAACCGCGCGGGGAAUUCUCCAAAUGUAGAUCUCAACGUUCUAGUACUUUCUCAGUCAGCAUGGCCAACCUAUGACGAGGUGCCGGUAGUUAUUCCACUUGAGAUGGCGCAAUAUCUAGAAUCCUAUAGAAAUGUCUACUGCGAAAAACAUAGUGGAAGGAAGCUCAUGUGGAGACACGCGUUGUCACACUGUGUUCUAAGGGCGAGAUUUGCACCGAAUGUGAACAAGGAGCUAGUUUUGAGCGCCCUCCAAGCAGUAGUCCUCCUACUAUUUAAUGAUGCGGAAUUUGGAACCUACCUCUCAUACCAACAAAUUAAAGGAGGCACCGGACUAGACGACAAACAGCUAAUUCGCACCCUCCAAUCCCUCGCGUGUGCUAAAUACCGCGUUCUCCAGAAGGAGACGAAGGGGAAGGACAUCCUCCCGACAGACAACUUCUGCGUAAACCGGCACUUCUCGGCACCCAAAUUCCGCAUCAAAAUCAACCAGAUCCAGCUCAAAGAAACGAAAAAGGAGAAAGAAGACACCUUUGAACGCGUAGCCCAGGACAGGCAGUACGAGACUCAGGCUGCCAUCAUCCGCAUUAUGAAGAGCAGGAAGAAGUUGAGGCAUAACGACUUGAUUCAGAUGACAAUUGAUCAGACCAAGAAUCGGGGGAAGUUGGACGUUCCGGAAAUCAAGAAGCAGAUUGAGAGGUUGAUCGACAAAGACUAUAUGGAACGCCUCCCCGGGGGGGAGACUUGGUAUCAGUAUGUUGCUUGAGUUGUAUUGUCUCUUUCUUUCGGCUUCUCUGCUUGCUCGCUCGUUUAGCUAUUACACAUUACCUUGUUUUUACUCCCUUUCUUUAGUGGGUAUGUUUGUUAGGCUCGGCGUAAUACAUUGUAGAUUAGCCUCUCCCCGUAUUAUUUGUUAGUUUGCAUGCUUUUCCUAG